AUGAUUUCUUCCAGCACAGUUCUAACAGUGUUUGUCUUUUACCCACAGGUUAUCGUCUCGCUGGACGAAACCGUCACCAGGGAGGAUUUUGACGACCUUCUGUACAUUUUCAAUGUAUCGUCAAAAAGCUACGCGAUUGAUCAGAAAUUAUCCGAGAAGAUUAACUUGUUUUCUAACCACUCUUAUCUCCGCGAAGAUGCAAUCCUGUCACACCCUAUCUUUAAUUCGUAUCAUUCGGAAACCGAACUGCUACGAUACAUGAAACAACUGGAGAACAAGGAUUUCUCACUGGUCCACUCGAUGAUUCCACUUGGUUCUUGCACCAUGAAACUAACUCCAACCACAGCAGUUAUGCCAGUUUCGUGGUCAACAGUAAACCAGAUACACCCAUUUGCUCCGCUUGAUCAAACGGAAGGUUACGCUGAGCUCAUCUCUGAAUUGGAACACGAUUUGGUCGAGAUGACGGGCUACGACCAUGUGUGCCUGACACCAAACAGCGGAGCACAAGGAGAAUACUCCGGUUUGCGAGCAAUCGCAGGCUACUUGGAAAGCAUAGGCGAGUCUAAACGGAAGGUCUGUCUAAUUCCAACAUCUGCUCAUGGGACAAACCCUGCGAGUGCUCGGUUAGCUGGCAUGACUGUUCAACCGGUCAAUGUAACCAAACGUGGUGCCUUUGACAUGGGGCACUUAAGACAACAGGUUGCUCGACACAAGGACGCACUUGCUGCCAUCAUGAUCACCUACCCGACCACCUUUGGCGUAUUCGACGAUAAUCUCCUAGAAGCAACUGAGCUCGUGCAUCAAGCAGGCGGCCAAGUAUAUCUUGACGGAGCAAAUCUAAACGCGCAGGUUGGUCUUUGUCGUCCUGGAGAUUACAACACGGAUGUGGCACAUCUAAAUUUACAUAAAACAUGUGGAAUCCCCAAAGGUGGAGGAGGUCCAGGAGUUGGUCCAGUCUGCGUCAAAUCUCAUCUCGCUCCUUUCCUACCUCAGCACUACUGGCGCCCGACUUGCUUGGGAGUGCGUGCAACAAAGCAAACCUCUGAUCCAGAUUGGAGGACCGUUUGCUCUGCUCCGUUUGGUUCAGCCAGCCUUCUUCCUAUUCCUUGGGCCUACAUCAAGCUUUUGGGACCCAAGGGUCUUCGGCGGGCUUCCGAAGUGGCAAUUCUCAACGCCAACUACAUGCUUCAGCGAUUGAAGAAACAUUACCCGAUUAAAUUUGUUAAUGACAAUGGAUGUUGCGCACACGAAUUCAUCAUUGACUGCUCUGGCUUUGAGAAAUAUCACAUAACGACAGUGGAUGUUGCCAAGCGCCUGAUGGACUACGGUUUCCACGGACCAACCAUGUCUUGGCCUGUCUCGUCGGGUCUUAUGAUCGAACCGACGGAGAGCGAAUCAAAGGCCGAGUGUGAUCGACUGUGUGACGCGCUAAUCGGUAUAAGGCAAGAAAUCGAGAAAGUUGCCCGAGGGGAAUGGAGCACGGAGAACAAUCCGAUAAAGCAUGCGCCUCACACGAUGGAGGCGGUAACCAGCGAAAAAUGGGACCGGCCCUAUACGCGCCAAGAGGCAGCGUUUCCAGCACCCUGGCAACGUACAGGAGAGCAUGCGUUUGACAAAAGAAGUAAGAUUUGGCCCAGCGUCGGUCGGUUGGAUGACGUUUACGGAGACACACAUUUGGUGUUCCGGACCGAUAACUCAACGGCGGUGAAGAGAAAAACCGGUUGA